AUGGGUUGCCGGAAGCAGCUGUUUGGAGAGAAGAGCAAUUGUAAAGGGGUUGUGACUGAAUCGUCAGCAUCGCAGACAAUGCACACAACUAAUGUGGCUGUGGCAGAUGGAAGAUCAGAACAAGAUCACGAUGGGUUACCGGCAUGCAUUUCAGAAGGUGGAACAUCAUCGUGCACACCAGGCCGUAACGAGGAUGUUGUGGCUGGCAUUUCAGAAGCCGGAACAUCAUCCAGCAGAGGCAUGUUCUCACCAAUGGCAAUAGUUACAGAAAGCGAGAACGCUACACCAGAUGCCGAAAAGAAGUACACCCAUAAAGAAGACAUUGAUCCUGCCCUCAUUCCUAGGCCUGGGAUGUCAUUCAGAAACCGAAAAGAGGCCAGGGCUUUCUAUGAAGCGUAUGCCGAGGAGGUUGGAUUCAAUUUGAGCUAUGGAAACAGUAAAACAUAUUCAUAUAUUAUACAGUGCAGCAAUGAGGGGGUUCAUACUUACUUUAAAAAAAAUGAGGAGCUGCGUGUUAGGAACAAUACCACAAAGAAGACACACUGCAUGUCGAAGAUGAAGCUUAAAAGAAUUUAUGAUGAAAACAAGAAUGAAAUAUCAGUGGUGAUUGAGCAAGUGGAUCUAAUGCAUAACCAUCCAUGUCUUAAAAAGAAAGAAGAAAUAAUAAAUAUGAGAUCACACAAGGAAAAGGAUCCGGUAUUACUUGAGUUUGUUGAUGACCUCCAAGCAGCGGAUGUCCCGCAUCAUAGUAUACAGAACAUUGUUAGGGACAUGCAUGGGGGAGGUGAGAACGUGCCAAUGACCAGGCGGGAUCUUGAGAACAGGAAGGCGGCUAAUGUGAGGGCAGAACAUGCCAAUGACAUUCAUGAAGCUUCUAGAAUUUUUGAAGACUGCAAGGCGCAGAACCCACAAUUUUGUUGUCAUUUGUAA